ACAUGCCCCCCUCGGACCCUGGUGGGAAACGGCAGCUAGCCGUGGAUAGGACUGCAGCCUUUUGCUCUUCUUGAUGCAGGAUUUUGCAGCUUGGCUUCUAAGGCAGAGACUGCACGGCAGUGCCCUGGCUCCUCUCUCGUCCCCCCCCCAUGGCAGGCACCUCCCCGCCCCCAGGGCCGCAGCCUGGGGGUGGGCUGCUCAGGCCAGGCGCUUGGCUCGGCCAUCUCCAUGGCAGCCCUCUGCUGCCUGCCCUGCUCAGCCUGCCUGCCCCUCCUCAGGUGGUAAACAACGGCUGCCUGCCAACCUCACGGAGCAGAGCAGGGAGCCUUCCGCUGGGGACAAGGUCCCCCGAGGACCAAGAGAGCAGCGCGGGCACCUUGGCUGGGGCAGCGCCGCCGGCCGAGGAAGCGCCUUCCCCCGGCUGGGACCAGCCCCUGCUCCAGUGAACUCUGCCCUCGCCUGCGGUGUGAAAAGGCGCAGGCAGGAGGAAGGAGACGGGGAAAUGGAGAGGCAGCCGGCCAGGGUUGCUGCUCGCCUCCUGUGCGGCUGCCAGCCAGCCCCCCUGCUCUCCGGUCCCCAGACAGGAUGAGGUCACACAGGCUGCAGCUCCUGCUUGCAUGGUAGCGGAGAGGCCUUCGUUGCCGCUGGCGGGGCCGGCCGGGCCCCGCUGCCCGCGAGAUGGCCGAGAAGCAGCCCCCGCCGGGGCCGGCCGCCGACUGCCCGGUGUGCUGGAACGCCUUCAACAACACCUUCCGCACACCCAAGCGGCUCCACUGCCAGCACGCCUUCUGCCUGGAGUGCCUGGCCCACCUCAGCCUGGUCUCCCCCGUCCGCAGCCGGCUGCAGUGCCCGCUCUGCCGGCAGCCCACCGUGCUGCCCUCUGACCAGGCGGUGACCGCGCUGCCCAACGACGAGGCCGUCCUGCGGCUGCUGCGCCUGGAGCCCAACCAGAUCGUCCUGGAGGGGAGGCAGCUGUGCCUCAAGGAGGAGCGCCCCAGCCGGCACUUCCUGCGCCAGCCGAGGGUCUACACCCUGGACCUGGGCCCGGAGCCGGGGGGAGAAGGCCGCCGGGACACCACCCUGGCAUCGGCCGCCGCCACCGCCCUGCCCAGCCGCUCCCCGCUGCGGGAGUGUGCCCGCAACCCGCAGCUCCGCAUCUUCACCUACCUGAUGGCCGUCAUCCUGAGCGUGACGCUGCUGCUCGUCUUCUCCGUCUUCUGGACCAAGCAGUUCUUUGGGGGUUUGGGCUGAGGGGGGCCCAGGCUGGAUCCUCCGGGCGCUCCUCAGGACCCAGUCUACAGCCGGGGAGGGCGAACAGGAGGCGCAGCCGGACUGGCCCCUUCCGCUGUGCCAAAGGCCUCCGCCCCCAGAGGUGCCGGGUCCUCUGCAUCCAGAGAACGCCGACCCUGCGGCUGAAGGCACCGGCUGGGAGGCAGACAGCAGCACGGAGCGAAACGCCUCCUGCUGCUUCAGCUCUUGCCAUCGAUCCUGCAGAUCUGGUUCAGCUGGACCCCUUUAGACACCAGCUUCUCAAUGGGAGGAUUGAUUUGCCAGGCUGCGGGGGGGCCUCUAUCUCAAAGGAGGGUGCAGCUGAGCUGCUGUCAGUGGCCGGCAGACUCCUGCUCUGGGCUAGGGUGCUUUUGCCCAGCGGAGACCCUCCGGGGAGAGACCAGGCUGCUUGGAGAACCCAGACAAGCUGCUGGCGAGGAGGAGAGAGCUGUCCAGGGCCUCUUCCUCCCCACCAAGCCUGCUUUUUCGCGGCCCUGAAGUACUUGAGGCUAAAGCUGCAGAUGGAACUCUUAUGUGAGAGAAAGGAAGGCGGACAAGGCCCAGGCCCUCCAAUCCCAGAGUGUGUGGAAAUUCAAAUAAAUAAAGAGACGCUUGGCUGAGCCCUG